CCCCUCUGUCAACACAUCCCAACCAGCAACGACCGUAACGAACGCGCCCUCUUCCCCUCCGCCUCUCCGCCUACUUCCUUGACGACCUGUCCCUGGAUCCCUUCCUUUGUCGUAAGUUCCAUCCUGAGCGAGGCGUUUGCAUAGCACUGUGCCUUGUCGGGGGAAAACAUCUGGUCUGGAGGGAUCACCGGCGUUGGCAAUCCUUCGCGCCGGCUGUGGAUACGACUACACCACGCUACAUAUCUUGUUCGGAGCUGAGGCAGAGGAAGAGCGUGCGACAAGCAGUUGGCAGUUGACACGACAGCGUGUGGUCGAUAUGUGCGGGUGUGGACGAGGCAUCGCGCAUGAGUGAUUUCCCUCAUCUCCCCGGCGCGCUGGACUGGGAACACAACAACCACGCCCCUCCCCUCUGCCGACAUGUUCAGUUCGAGCGACAGAUCUGCACGACAGUCAAGCGGCGCGCGCUCGCUGUUCAGCAGGAGCAAGAAGGACAAAGGAAACAACAAUGACCCUCCACCGCCUCCCCUCCCAGACACCGCCUCUUCCGCCCAAUACCAAAACUACUACGAUGCCCGUCCUGGCCUGGGCUCGCGUCAGUCCCAGCGCAGCUCCAUUUCCACGCUCGAGGAGCUCGCGAGCAGGCAGCACGACGUGCUGCAGUCGCAAACCGGUGUCAUCACGAGCAUCCCCUACGAGUCGAUGAAUCGAGAUACCCGGCCUCCUACCACCAUCCACACCGUAUCUAGCGAUGAACGACGGCCCAGCAUGCGCGAACCACAGCCACAUCAUCUCAACAAAGGCGGGGGAGACUUCCACCAGUAUCCCCCAUGGGACCCCCAGGCCAGCGGCUCCGCCCCGCGACCCCCGAGGACCGACAGCACAGUGAAUCGCAUGGGGAGGGAUAGAACGUUUGAGAGCGAUGCCGCCUCCGUGAACGGCAUCCCAUACGCGCCGUCGCGCAAGUCGAGCGAUCAUGGCAGCAUUCGAUCCCAAAAUUCCACCCUCGACCGAAAUCGAUUCCUCGCCAACCCCAACACCUCCCAACCUAGCACGCACGCCGAUCGAGUCAGUAAGCCCUUCCUUGACUCCCAUCACUCCAUCGGAUUCUCCUCCACCGCCUCCUUCAGUCCCGAGGGAUUCGUAUUCCAUCGGCCCACCGAUGAGCGCGUUAUCGAGAAAGAGUUUUUGGACCUCAUGCACAAGCGUGGAUAUAAAUCUCUACCAGAGCAAGCUCGGCGGCAGAUGGAGGCCUACCCCAUCAGUAAGAAAUGGACACUGGUGUACCAGGAUCGGCUGGCGGAGUGGCAAGGCGAGCAAAAGAGGCGUUUGACCCAUAGACCCGCAGGCGCUUCUAACAACGACGGAUUCGCGGUGUAUGGGCGCAUGGAUGAGGAAGGCAGUCCGGAGUGGUUUGUUAAGAAGAUCCUGGAGAACAGCCUUACCCCGAAGCAAUUCCAGAGCCUCGCGGUCAGCUUGAGAACCCAGCAGAUUGGGUGGGUCAAGAGUUUCGUCGAGGCGCAGGGCCAGGUGGCUCUGACGAAUGCCCUGGGGAGACUCAACAAGCGACAGCAGUCAGGCCCGGCGCCUUCAUCCAGUAACGUUGCCACUACGGACCGCGAUCUGGAUCGCGAAUAUGACAUUGUGAAGUGUCUCAAGGCGCUCAUGAACAACAAGUACGGUGCCGACGAUGCUCUUCAACACGACACGAUCAUCAUGGCCCUGGCUGCCUCUCUCACUUCUCCUCGACUCAACACCCGAAAGCUCGUCUCCGAACUCCUCACCUUCCUCUGUCACUGGGCUGAUGGCCAAGGCCAUCUCAAAGUCUUGCAAGCGUUGGAUCAUCUGAAAGCGCAGCAAGGAGAGAACGGCCGCUUCGAUGCAUGGAUGAGAAUCGUCGAAGUGACCAUUGACGGGCGGGGCAAGAUGGGUUCCCUCGUGGGUGCGUCAGAUGAGGUGCGCAGUGGAGGGAUCGGGAUGGAGAACCUACUCAUGGAAUACGCCGUCACUUCUCUCUUCCUGGUCAACAGCAUCGUUGAUGCGCCUGACAAACCCAGCGAUCUGGAGCUGCGGUGCCACAUUCGCGCACAGUUUGUGGCGUGCGGGUUGAAGAGACUCUUGCAGAAGAUGGAAGGGUUUGAGUAUGAAGUCAUUGACAAGCAGAUUGAACGAUACCGGUCGAAUGAGGCGAUUGACUACGAGGACCUUUUGGAGCGGGAAAACAGCAGCAUUCUCGAAGGCAGUGAGGCGGAGGUCAAGGAUCUGAACGACCCUCUGCAAAUUGUGGAAGCCAUUCAGAGCAAAAUCGCCGGAAGACGCGAAGGCGAUUACUUUGUCUCUGCUCUGCAGCAUCUACUCUUGAUCCGAGAGAAUGAAGGCGAAGAUCGCUUGCGCUUGUUCCAACUAGUCGAUUCAAUGCUCAGCUACGUCGCGAUGGAUCGGAGGCUACCGGACAUGGACCUCAAGCAGAGCCUCAACUUCACUGUUCAGAACCUGAUGGACAAGCUGUAUACCGACUCCGAGGCGCGGCAAGCUCGAGAAGACGCGGAUCAAGCCCGACUGAUCGCCGAUGCGGCCGUCGCCGAACGGGAUGAGAUGAAAGACCGAGUGGAGAUGGGCGCGGGCGGACUUGUCGCAAAACUUCAAAAGCGGUUGGACGAACAAGCUGCUGUAAUCGAUCUACAAGGAAGACAGACAGAGGCAUUCAAAUCUGAGGUUGCCGAGUUGCAGAGGGUGCGGGCGAUGGAGCUUCAACGCAACGAGCUGGAAACGCGAGAGCUGUAUCUGAUGCUUCGCGACGCACAAGAUAUUGCGGCCUCCAAUGUCAAGAAGGGCGGGAAGAAUGGCGAAUCGAAUGAUCCCACGUCCAUGCAGGGCAUCCUGGAUCGUGAACGAUUGAUGGACCGUUUGGAAAUGCAGCUCGAACGGGCCAAGACGCAGGCGAAACUCGAAGGCAAGGUGUGGCAGCAGUUCAAUCCGUCCGACAAGCUUAGAGAGUUGCGGGAGAAGAUGGAGGGUGCGGGCAUGCCGGGUGGCGUGGAGGGCUAUCAGGCGCAGAUGGAGUAUCUGGGGUCGGCCAGUGUCAGGAGGAAACCCAUUGGCGCACGCAAAAUGCCCGCCGAGAAGGACGCCGAAACAGCGACUGAAGACGAACAGAGCCCGGAGGAAGUGGUGUUCGAGAAGCCUCGGUUGGUGGAGAUGAAGAAACCUCUCGUGCCGAGCGAGAAAGUCACUGGCCAGACGCACAACAUGCUGGCUGAGCUCACCUCCAAGACCGCCCGGGUGGAGGGGAGCGAUGACGAGGAGGAGGGCGACGGCGCUACGACCGGGACUAGUCAUCCAAGCAUCGAGAGCGAUAGUCCGAAGACGCCAUCCGAUGCUGUCAUGGACAGUUCCAGAGACGCCAAAGCGCAUUUCGAUGGCCCGCAGGCUCCUCCGCCGCCGCCGCUACCUGGUUUCGACGGGCCCCCGCCUCCACCGCCGCCCAUGUCAGGAUUCUCCAAUGAUGCGCCUCCGCCUCCGCCACCGCCAAUGCCCGGGUUCAUGAGCAGUCCGCCGCCUCCGCCACCGCCGAUGCCUGGAUUCUCCGCCCAGUCUCCGCCACCUCCUCCGCUCCCUCAAAUAAACGGUGCGAUGUCACCACCUCCUCCACCGCUUCCUGGCGCGAAGAAGGGUGGUUUCUUGCCGUCGCCGAUCUAUACUGGCGCACCAGGCCAAAUCAUUCCGGUGGCCCCUCGACCGAAGAAGAAGCUCAAGGCGCUACAUUGGGAGAAGGUCGAUGCCCCAGAAGUGACGUUGUUCGCGUCGCAUACUCCAACCGUCGAGUCGAAGGAGGAGAAGUACCAGGAGCUGUCGAAGAAGGGCAUUCUCGACGAGAUCGAGAAGCUCUUCAUGGCCAAGGAGAUCAAGCAGAUCGGCGCAAGCUCGGGCAGCAAGGGCGGCAAGAACGACAAAAAGCAAAUCAUCAGCAGAGACUUGAUGCACACCAUGCAAAUCUCCCUCGCCAAGUUCUCGCAGGUCGAACCCGACGAGAUUGUGCGCAUGAUCAUUCACUGCGAUCGCGACAUCCUCGACAACGGUACCGUCAUGGACUUUUUGCAGCAAGAGUACCUCUGCACCAUUCCAGACAAUGUUUCGAAAUUGCUGGCGCCGUACGCGCGUGAUUACACCGCACUGGAUGCGCUUAAGGAGCCGCGAGAAUCGGAUCCUGCCGAGCUUACCAAGGAAGACCAGAUCUACUUGUACACCGCGUACGAGCUGCACCACUACUGGAAAGCACGGAUGAGGGCGCUCGCUCUGACCCGCACGUAUGAAUCCGAGUACGAAUACAUCUACGCCAAGAUCCAGCAGGUGGUGAACGUGAGCGAAAGCCUACGCGACUCCGUCAAGCUCAUGCCGGUCUUCGGACUCAUUCUGGACAUUGGCAAUUACAUGAACGACUCUAACAAGCAAGCCAUGGGCUUCAAAUUGUCCUCGCUGGCGCGCCUCGGCAUGGUCAAGGACAACAACAACGAGCAGACGCUCAUGGACUACGUCGAGAGCGUGGUGCGCAAGCAGUACCCGCAGUACGAAGGCUUCACCGACGACAUCGCCGGCGUGCUCCCCGCGCAGAAAAUCAACAUCGAACAGCUCCUCACCGACGCGAAGAAGUACAUUGACAACAUUAACAAUGUGCAGCAGAGCCUCGACGCGGGCAACCUGAGCGACCCGAAGAAGUUUCACCCCGAGGACCGCGUGAGUCAGGUGGUGCAGCGCAGUAUGAAGGAGGCGCGGCGCAAGGCGGAGCAGAUGGCCGUGUACUUGGAGGAGAUGAAGCGGGUGUACGACGACAUUUUGACUUAUUUUGGCGACGAUCCACGGGACGAGAAUGCACGCCGGGAGUUCUUUGGCAAGCUGGCGAAUUUCGUGCAGGAGUAUAAGAAAUCGCAUGAGAAGAAUCUCGCGCUGGAAGAGGUGUGGCGCCGCAACGAAGCCAACAUGCGCCGGAAGCAGACGAAGCUUAACACGCAAGCUGGCGUCGGGGCCGGAGGGUCUCCAGAUGGGCAAACCAACAGUCCCUCCACCGGCGCGAUGGACAGCCUACUGGAGAAACUACGAGCCGCCGCGCCUGCCACGAGGGAUACGCGAGAUCGACGACGCCGCGCGCGUCUGAAGGACAAACACCAGGUUCGCAUCGCGUCUGGACAGAAGAUCCCGGAAACAGGCGAGAACGCUACAGUAUCAGACGAGACGGGCAGUGGACGACUGAGUCCGAAGAUUCUAGAGGAGCAGGAGGAAGCUGCUAUUACUGCUGCGUCGAGCGAAGGCGUAGAUGGCGGCGGCAACACAUCCGAGGGUGAGGAUAUUGCGGAUCGCGCUGCGUCGCUUUUGCAGGGUUUGAGGCGCGAUGGGGAGGGUGGAGGCGAGGGGCUGGGGCCGAGUGAGAGUUUGCGUGUGCGGAGGAGGAGGGAGGGCGCUGACGAGGAGAGACAGAGGAGAAGGGAGAGGAGGCGAAGGGGUGGCGCGGCGGCUGCUGCUGAUACUAAUGCCUCCGCGUCGCCGCCGCCGCCGCAGCAAAGUGUCGCUGAGCAGGAGAAGGAGAAUGUCGAGGCUGAAACAACGCCAGCCGGUGGGGAAGGGGAAGCAGGCGCACGCCACAGCAAUGAAGACAAGCGGUCGAGCGAAGAUGGCGAGGAGCAGUCGCUGCCGACUCCGACUCCGAGGACCAUCGUCGUCCCGCCUUCCCCUACGGCGUCUGAGACGCAACGAACGGAAGACGAUGGCGAGUGAUGGUGAUCCGAUGUGUGUGAUUGCUUCCUCCUUGGAAUUGAUUUUGUAGAUACACCUCCAUGCGCUGGGUUCGUGGUGUUCUGGAUUGGGACCAGACGCGCUGGCCCGGUAGAGCGACGUUCUUCGCAAGGCAUGGAAUAGAGCGCGGCGCCUACCUGUCAUACUUGUACUUGAGCGUUUGUUUUGGAAACGCCUUGUUUAGCCUGUGUAUUUGACGCCAAUG